CGUAGGAGUAAUGCUCGUUGGUUGGUAUACACCAUAAAUUACUUUACCUAAGUUUUGAUUGACAGAAAGCACGAACUGUCUACAACUUUGUUUUUGAUACUGUUCUGUUAUUAUAUUGUAAGACAGUAUUUUUAAUGAAAAUAAGUCUGCGCCGUAUUACGGGAAUGGUUGCGUUGAACAAUGUUUUGUGGACCUAGAUUCUGGUGUUGUUGAAUUGAGGUUAAGUUGUAAGUAUGGGUGUGAAGUUGUUUGAAUGUUUACCGGUUUUGGAAGCUUUCAAUUUGGCAGAAGAAGACCACCUAAGUAAGGUGGAAUGCAUAGAAUGCUGUGGUCAGGAGCUCUACAUAGGAACAAAUGAUGGGGCCAUCAUUCUGUUCCAGAUAAUGGAUGAAUCCCAAAAAAAUGGGAAAAUUACUUUUACUACCAGAAGAGCAAAACGUAAAGUUAUAGAACAGGAUAAAGCUGUGAAAUGCAUCAAAGCAGCAUCAGCAUUGAACAGACUGCUGGUACUGUGCAAUCAGACCUUAUCCAUUCUUGUAAUGACAGAGCUGCAACCGACUGGAGGUAGCUCGAAACUUCGCUCCAUUUCAACAAUUUGCAUCAAUGAGUUUGCAGUCCUGGAUGAUCCUUUCAGUAUACAGGUGUGCAUUGGACGGAAGCGGCAACUGCAAUUAUAUAAUGUAACAACUGAGAAAGUAAGUUGCAUCAAGGAUAUCACCAUGCCUGAACCAGCUAUCGAGAUUGCUGCAGAUGGUCCAAAUAUUUGUGUGGCACAUCACAAUCAGUAUGUGGUGUAUAACAUAAAUUCUUCUAACAAGCAAAUGCUCUUCUCAUAUGACAGCACCAGUGUCACUCCAAUCAUUAGAAGAAUAGCCAAGGAUGAGUUUUUGCUAACAGCAAAUGAAAAUCUUGGAGUAUUUGCCAAUAUUCAUGGCAUGUCAACUCGACCACCUAUUCAGUGGUCCUACCCGGUUUUAGCCCUAGCAUACUUUCACCCAUUUAUUCUGGGAAUAAGUAAUGAAGUAAUAAUUGUGUACAGUGUUUUAGAUCAACAGCAUAAACAAGCCCUUCCAUUUGUUGGUGGUCGGUACAUUGGGAACUUUGAUGGCAGAUUGUACACUAGCUCAGGAACAGCAGUCUAUGCAAUAUUUCCAGUGCCGUGGCAUCAGCGAAUUGAAGCUCUGCUUUUGGAUGGCAAAGUGGAUGAAGCCCUCAAUUUGACGGAAGAGGUGGAUAUGGCUCGGUUAUCCAAAAAUGAGAUUGACCAUAUUGUGUGCGAAGUGUACCACAAAGCUGCAUUUAUAUAUUUUUCGAGAGGUGACUUUGAUAAAGCACUUAGACUUUUUCAAAGUGGCAACAUUGAUGUUCGAGAAGUUAUAUCAUUGUACCCUGGUUUGCUACCUGCCUCAACAAGCUUUGUGCGUUCAGUCCCUCCUUUGCACACAAUAGCAGAUGUGAACCAGUUGUUUGGUGGGGAUCAGCUGAAACUGAAGGAAGCUAAAAUGUUCCUCCAGAAUUUCUUGGAAAAUGCCAGAGACACAAAUCUAGCACACCGCCUUGAGAUUGACACAGCUCUACUUAAGCUGUACUCUGAAAACAAUGCACUUGAAAUGCACACCCUCAUAUCAGCAGAAGACUUGGAAUGUGAUGUUGAAGAGUGUUGUGAUUCAUUAGAGAAGCACAGGUGUUACCAUGCCCUCGCUUUGUUGUAUUGGCACAAUCAAGAUCAUGCCAAUGCACUUCAGGUGUGGAUGAAAAUAAUGCUGAAAGAAUAUGAAGAUGUUAAUUUUCCAGGGAUGGAAUUUUUCAUUGAUUGCUUAGCAAGCUUGGUGGAUCAUGAUUUGCUGUGGAGGUACGCUGACUUUGUUCUUGGUCAAGAUGAAGAAAAAGGUGUAAAUAUAUUUGUUCAUCGCUCAGAACAGAAGUUGGAAGAUUUGAAGCCUGAAAUGGUUGUCAAUUUCCUUCAUCGUUUUCCAAGAGCUGAACUUAAGUACUUGGAGUAUUUAGUGUUUGAAUUGAAAAUCCAGAUGGAGACAUUUCACACCCACCUUGCAGUCUUGUAUUUGGAGAAAGUGGCUCAACUGAAACAACAGGGAGAUGGAGAAAGUGUGAAUGACGUGCGGCAAAAGCUGCAAGGUCUGUUGCAGUCUUCAAACCUGUAUCGUGCUCAUUUGCUACUAAAUAAGAUGCAAGAAGCAGAACUGCACAAAGAAACAGCUAUUCUUUAUGGAAAGCUGGAAGAACAUGAGAAAGCCCUGGACAUUCUGGUGUACCAGCUGAAAGAUUUUAAAGCAGCAGAAGAAUAUUGUAUUAAUAAUGUGAAAGGGAAAGAUGUGAAAUACAAACACAAGCUGUACUUUAUGCUGCUUUCUGUGUAUCUCAACCCAACAGUGAAGGAUGUGGAACAAGACGGGUGUAUAUUUCAAGCUUUGGACAUAAUGAAUAAUAAGCCACUAGAAUUUAAUGCAAAUGAAGUAGUGAAAAUUCUCCCUGAACCAUGGUCAGUUGCAGCUGUUGACGUUUUUCUGCACAGCAGCUUGAGGAAUGCACUGCAUGAGUAUCGGAUGAACAAGGUUGCAUGUGCAUUUUCCCGUGGCCAAAAUUUGCAGAAGAAAUUUUCUUUGUAUGAAGUUCAGAGGCAUUUUGUUACAUUACAUGAAAACAAUUACUGUGUGGUGUGCAAGAAGCCCUUCGUGGAUGGCAGUUUUGCUCGCUAUCCCAACGAUGUGUUAACUCAUGUGGGCUGUGCCCGCCAGAGCAAUGUCUGCCCUCUCACAGGGCAAGUGUUUCGACCUACUGUCUAGCGUAGUCGUAACAUAAUACACUAACUUUAUUACAGUGAUACAUGUUGGGUUACCUCGUGAAGUCAAAAUGAACUCUUUACAUUUACAGUGAAUUCUCUUUAUUAAGUAUUUGAUACUACCUUAUAGAGGGGUACUGUAUGUAAAGGUUUUGCCAAAUCAUCGUAAUUUAUAGAUUUCAAACACUAAUACAGUGCAUACAUUGGUAUGGAAAUGAUUUUAAAUACAAUUAUAGUAAUUAAUGUACUGGUACUUAUACGUAAAAAACAUUACAAAAAUAUGGAUAUGUUUAAGAAAAAUAAUAUGAGACAGAAACUUUUUCCCCUUUGAUGUAGUUUUCCUGCAUUUCCUUCCAUUUUUUCUCUUUUCACUAUGAUUGCCGACAGUGUCAUUGAAGCAAUAAAAAUAUUUCGUCAUGCCUAAUUUCUGGCAAGUUUCAACAGCUUUAAGAAUUUUUUUUGUAGCAAUAAUAAUGCUUACACAGUUCUUGUUACUCAUGAUUACAGUUUUAUUACAGCAUAGGUGCACAGAAACACAAAUUUUACUAACAUAUUUUUUACAAAAUCAAUUGUAUUUUUACGACACUGUUUAAAAGUCGAACUGUUUGGUUAUGGUAAGGUUAUAUUCAGUAAACAAUAAAUAACAUGACUGCCAUCAUCAUUAGGAGUGUGAAAUCUUCCACAGGUAGGAACUAGAAGAGGGAAAAAAACAUAACCAAACCCUCUAAUGAUCAAAACCAUAAGCAAAUAUUCAUGUAAUUAUUGUGUUGUAUUUUUUAAAAGUGAGAAAAGAAUACUUUACAUAGAGUAUAAUUUGUGACUCACAUCUAAAAAAAAAGACAAUGGCCUAAAGAUAGUUGAAACUAAGAUGGUGUCUUUGGGUUACUAGGUACCUCUUUCAUAACUGCAUAGAGUAAUUUAAUGCUUAUGUUGUUGGUACCCCUACUUUUUAACUAAAAAAAAAAAUUGUAUCAUUUAAAGAAGCUUAAUAUUUAUGGUUAAAUUGUAAAUGAGUAUGAAUAUUAAAAAAAUAUUGCUACGUAUCAAAACACUUCAAUAAAUUGUUCUUAUGUGAUGUAAAUAUGUAUGUAUUAUCGAGGUAAUAUUGACAACAAAAUCCCCAUGUUAUAUAUGCCCAUUGAUUUAGAGAUGCAAUUCAAGGGACAUUUGUUAAUCAUUGUAUCAAAAUGUACAUAUAUGGGGGUGAUACUAGAGAGAGAAUUCACUGUAUAUAUUUUUUUAAAUUGUUAUAUUUGUAAAUGCCUGCACAUUAUUGUAUAUUAUUUGUUGUAAUUGUAGUAGAAUGAAGUUUGUGUUUAUUGACGCACAUUAAAAUAAAUUAUUUGUAUUAUAGCUCAUAACCUUGCUAGUCAGGGAACCAUGAAUUCACUCGCUAAUGUAUUAUUGUUUCCAUGAAGUUGAAAAAAAAAUUGUUGCAUUGUGCUGUGUUAGUUACUCUGCCAUCAUUGUCAGCGAAGCACCUAGAUGUGUGCCAGCAGGGUGUAUUUUUUCUCAAGGUAAAAUGAUGCCUACCUGGUGCUAUUUUGGGCAUGUGUAAGACCUACAAGGGUGACUGGGUGUGCACGUUAAAUGUGCCCACAUGUAAGGCAUUGAACUGGCAUAUUGUUGUCUUUUUGUCUGGCUGCAUGUAUGGUGACCCUGUUAUUUUGUUGUGUACGAGCCAUGACAGAUGAUGAAUGUAUAUGUUACACAUCCCUAACACAUUUGAUCUUCUAGCAUCUGAAUUCUAGCAUAUAAAUACCACUUUGAAAAUACAUGUUAUAGCCAUUUAACUUGCCAAAAUAUAGGUAGCAAGCAGUAAGGUUACAUUUUUCCAUUUAUUGACAAGUUCUGUGCACUCAUUAUUAUACACCCUGAGGUAGGCAGAUCUCUUCGCAAUAAUAGCAAUCAUUAUCUCAACUAGUAUGUUAAAAGAGAUUUUAUUGUAGACUGUGCGGUAACUAACCAGCUAAUGAAAUUUUUUUUUGACCCUAUUUGUUGUAUAUUUACAAAUAUUUUAUUUCAAUUGUUAUUUUGUUUGAUGUUUAUUUACCGGUGUACAAACAGUGUAAAAAUAUCAGAGCACAGAUUGAAUUUGUUUUUCCUUCAUACUCAUUUAGUAUGUAUUUAAUGAAAUAGUGUGUGAAAAAUAUUGACAUGGAAUGUAAAAAAAAUUGUAUGAACUUAAAUUAGUUUUUUCUAAAUGUACCUACAUUUUCAUGCUUAUUUAUGUAUAACUUUAAGAAUUGUUGUAAUCAGUAUUACAUAAAUAAAUUUUAUAUAUUCUAAA